GCGGAGGUCCUCUUUUUUCCCCUUGUCACCUAGCAAUUCAGGAGGUCAGCCUGUGUGACUUUAAAGCUCUGGAUGGUAACCCCUGAGCCCGCAGGCGCAGCCGUUGGCGCCGGUAGUGGAGAAGGGUGGCGGCAGCAGUGCAGGUCUGCCCAAGGGUUAACUCAUUCCUGGGCAGCUGCUGCGCGUGCGGUGCAAAAUCUCACCAGAAGAGGGUACAGUAGCAAAGCGUUUGACGUCAGGUUGGAAUUCCUAUUGUGUUUCGGAACCGCUCUUGCAAAGCCAGUCCAAGUUCGCUCUCGGCACAUCCGGAUCUUGCAGCUCCUGGACCUACCCGCUGCCGAAGCCGCCUGCUUGCCCCGGGGAAGGAGGUCUCUGCUUGCUAGGAGAGCCACGUCCUAUUCUGGACCGAGCUGAAGCGUCAGCCCCGGAGCCGCUGGUGAGUAUCCUGAACACCUGAGGCCAACGGCAGCGGAGUUCUCUGCCGGCGCGCCUGGAUGCCCUCGCACAGACCCUCUGCUGCCGCUGGGUGUAUGGCUCCCCCGCGGUGUACCCCAGCCUCCUGCCGCCAGCGGCUGUGAGUACCCUUCCCAGCAGGUGGCUGCCGUUCCAGAGGGCGGCACAUUGGCUGAGGCAGGACCCAUGGAACCCGGGCUUGGGAGCGCACCCGUGGGGAGCAUGGACGCGUCUGCAGAGCAAAGCCUCCCGGAGCCUGGCAGCCAGGACUCAGUGGCAGGCGAGGACAUUGAGAUUGUGGUGAAUGUGGGGGGCGUGCGGCAGGUGCUCUAUGGAGACCUGCUCAGCCAGUACCCCGAGACCCGGCUGGCGGAGCUCAUGGACUGCUUGGCCGGUGGCUACGACACCAUCUUUUCCCUGUGCGACGAUUAUGACCCAGGCAAGCGCGAAUUCUACUUUGACCGGGACCCGGACGCAUUUAAGUGUGUUAUUGAGGUGUACUAUUUUGGAGAGGUUCACAUGAAGAAGGGCAUCUGCCCCAUCUGCUUCAAGAACGAGAUGGACUUCUGGAAGGUGGACCUCAAAUUCCUGGAUGACUGUUGCAAGAGCCACUUGAGCGAGAAGCGCGAGGAGCUGGAGGAGAUCGCACGCAGGGUGCAGCUCAUCCUGGACGACCUGGGUGUGGACUCGGCCGAGGGCCGCUGGCGCCGCUGCCAGAAGUGCGUCUGGAAGUUCCUGGAGAAGCCAGAGUCGUCGUGCCCUGCGCGGGUGGUGGCAGUUCUAUCCUUCUUGCUCAUUCUUGUCUCUUCUGUUGUCAUGUGCAUGGGCACCAUACCCGAGCUGCAGGUGGUAGACGCUGAGGGUAACCGCGUGGAACACCCAACCCUGGAGAACGUGGAGACUGCUUGCAUUGGUUGGUUCACGCUGGAGUACCUGCUACGCCUCUUCUCCUCGCCCAACAAGCUGCACUUUGCCCUUUCCUUCAUGAACAUCGUGGAUGUGCUGGCCAUCCUCCCCUUCUAUGUGAGCCUCACACUCACGCACCUGGGCGCGCGAAUGAUGGAGCUGACCAACGUGCAGCAGGCUGUGCAGGCCUUGCGGAUCAUGCGCAUCGCGCGCAUCUUCAAGCUGGCCCGCCACUCCUCAGGCCUGCAGACCCUCACCUACGCCCUCAAGCGCAGUUUCAAGGAACUGGGGCUGUUGCUUAUGUACCUGGCCGUGGGCAUCUUCGUCUUCUCGGCACUAGGCUACACCAUGGAGCAGAGCCACCCUGAAACUCUGUUUAAUAGCAUUCCCCAGUCCUUCUGGUGGGCCAUCAUCACCAUGACCACAGUGGGCUAUGGUGACAUCUACCCCAAAACCACUCUGGGAAAGCUCAACGCGGCCAUCAGUUUCUUGUGUGGGGUAAUUGCCAUCGCCUUGCCCAUUCACCCCAUCAUCAACAACUUUGUCAGGUACUACAACAAACAGCGUGUCCUGGAGACGGCAGCCAAACACGAGCUGGAGCUGAUGGAGCUCAACUCCAGCAGUGCAGAAGGCAAACCUGGGGGCUCUCGCAGCGACCUGGACACCCUGCCCCCGGAGCCUGCUGCCAGGGAGGGGCCAAGCUGGGGCAGCCGGCUGAAGCUCUCACACAGUGAUACCUUCAUCCCCCUGCUGACAGAGAAGCACCAUAGGACCCGGCUCCAGAGCUGCAAGUGAUGGUUCUGCUCCCAGGCAGGGACAGACUGGGAUGUGGAUGGACAGACCAUUGGGCAGGCAUGUCAGUAGGCAGCUGCCUGUGUCUCCCAGCCCUCCCCUGAGCAGACCCUGCCAAGGCUGGGUAAGACUCCUUGGGUGCCAGCUGUCCAGGUGGAAGCCCUCUAGGGAGUGCAGGAGCCACGGGGCCCCUUGGGGCUUCUGGAAUGGUCUGGCAGGAGCCCACAGCUGCUUCUGUGUCCCCUUCGAUAAAGACCUCCUGUUCAGCAUAUCCUCCAUGUUGUGGGUUGUCUAAGGCUGGUUGUCACCCCAAGAGUGGCUCCUGCACACCCUAGUGCCAGGCCAGAAAGGAGGUGUGCAGCCCCAGAGGGGGUGGGGGGUAGCUAUUUUUAGUUGAGAGCUAAUUAAAGACGAGUUGUGAGGCAGGGUUCAGCUCCAAGGCGCCUUGCCACAUUCCACAAGACGUUGCUCUCCUGCUUCCUUCUGUGGAAAAGCUGCCUCCCUGAGGCUUGGGGAGGAAGGAGAGGUUGCAUAGUCUGCUUGUGGGGCAGCUAGCCCAUAGCUGUCACCUGUGGAGCAGUGUCCUUUCCGCUCCCUUUUUUUUCUUUCCAGCUACCCUGGUAGACAGCCCCAUUUUACAGGUAAAGAAACUGAGGUUCAUGCUCACACAGAAGAGGAAUUCAGGCCCUGUUCUGAUUGUCCCUGAGUUCAUGUGGUGUCUCCAACACCAGGCAGUAAUGGACUAGAGGCCUUCUGUGGGACUUAUAAGGGAGGGUCUGAGUUCCUCCGUGCUUUGUGUGUCUGGUGGAAGCCAGAGAACUACAGUUAUUAGUUCAGAUCCUGGCAUCAGUAUGUGAUCUGCCAAUCAAAACUGUUUCUAUUGUUCUAUGCUGGGAAGAGGGUAAGUUACAUAGCUGCCCACUGUGGUCUCCACGGGCCUGGACUGGGCCGAGGGCAGUCGAAAGCAGGUCACUGUAAUGCUGUUCUUGGCCAAAGCCUAAAUGCUGGGCCUGCGGGCUUAACCGUUCCUUGUUUUCUACCUUCUAGGACCAUAGGGUCCUGCCCUUCUCCCCCACCUUCCACCCCAGCUGAGGGGCCUCCAAGGAAGGAGCACUACGGUGGAGUAGGAGGUAGAGGGUAUAAAUGGGGAGAGAGGGGUUGGCUUCCAUCUGCCUCCACCCUGGGCGGCUCCUUUCUCUUCCCUGAGCUCAGAUUUUUCCCAGAAGCAAGAAGAGGACUGAUUUCUCAGGGCACCUUCUAGGUCUGCCUUUCCAGAAUUGCCAAGGGUUGGGCUGCUAAUUCUUCUGGCAGGGUCUCCAGGAGGUAGGAGGUUGUCCCUUGGACAUUGAAGUCUCGAGAAUCAAGAGUAUUUCUGUGGGGUGCAGGCUCACUCCAGGCCUUUCAGUGAGAGGAUACUCAGGUAGAGAUGGAUCAGACCUGAGGUAGAUACCCAUGUAGUAGUGAUGUCAGUGGCUGUCCAAGGGGACACAGGGACUGCCCCAUGUCUCCCCCUCCCCUGGCCCUCUCACUUAAGACUCUGAAGGUCGUUAGCACCUCUGGUCAGGCUGGCUAAGACAUUGGUUGCUCUGAACUGUGCUGUGUGCUUCCUCUUCAUGUUUCUCCAGGGUGACACCAGGUUCUGUGACCAUCAGAGGCAGAGGAAGAAGUUGGGGUCUGAGGAAGUAGAGACUCUAAGCAGGGGAGGACAGGUCCUUCUGGGUUAUGUGGGUUCUUGGGGCCCAAUAGAUUUGAUGAAAGAUUAGCUUGCCUUUGUUUAUACCCUUUACCCCAGAGUCCUUGGGAAGGCAGGACCUGGGUACCAUCCUGAGGACUCAGCGUUCCAGGAAGGUGGGGAAGCCCAGGGUUCACAGAGAGAGUGGGCAGAGGUCCACGUUCCUGCGUUCCCUGCCUUCUGGGGUGACGCUGGAGAUGAGGGUGGAGACGAGGAGUUAGAGGGAAGGGUACGCCCAGCUCCAGAGCUUCUUUUGCUCUUUCAGGAGUGGGAGACCACCCGUGAGGUCUCCACACCUGGGAUCCAGGGGCACACUGGUCCCGGGGUGGCUCAGUGAGUAGCAGUGUCCUUACACAGUGAUACGCUUUGUCAGAGAGGAGUGGCCUGGAUGUUCUGAGAGUCAGUAGUCCCUAGUCCCUGGGAGAUCUCUGGGUUUCAAGUACUUGAACUUGGCUGUACCAACCAGGGGCAGCUCUGAAAGCUUGCUGUCCAGGCUACACCCCGUUCCUAUGAAAUGAGAGUGUCGGAAAUGACCCUCUGGUGUCGGUAUUUUUAUAACUUAAAGUGCACAUGAGUGACAGUGAUUGUGUUAAACCCAGGGUUUGGAUUUGUAGAGCUGAAAAAAAAAAGCUAUUUUUCAACAAGCUCCCAGGUGCAGCUGGAGGCUAGGGCUGCUGGUCCACGAACUGGUUUUGAACGAUCAGAAUAAGCCUGUACACUUUAGCCUGUGGCCAGAUCUGGUGGAUGGACCACCUGUUUUUGCACAACCUGUGACUUUAGAAUAGGUUUUAUAUUUUUAAAUGGUUAAAAAAAAAAAACCUCAAAGGAAUAACAUUUUUGUGACCCGUGAAUAGUACUUUAAAUUCAAAUUUUGUUGUCCAUAAAUAAAGUGU